AUGGAGCCAAUAUUAAAUAAAAAUAAUAAUAAUAAUGUUGAAAAUGAUAAUAAUAAUAACAAUAAUGAAAAACUUUUCAAAAAAGUUUUAUUAAAUAAAGUUUUAUUUUAUAAUAUUAUGAAUCAUGUUUAUAUUUAUAAUAACAUUUAUUAUUUUUCAAAAUAUUAUAAAAGCGAUAUUAAUAAUAUAGAAAAUUAUAAAUUUAGAGAUUACAUAACUCAUUUAUAUUUAAAACAAAAAAAGAAAGGGAAAACAAACUCAUUCAAAGAGAUCGGGAUAAUUCCACCCAGUGUGGUUAAAUUAACUUUGAAUAAAUUUAAUCAAACAUUGUAUCAAGGGGAUAUCCCAUGCAGUGUUACAAACCUUGCUUUUGGUGAAUUUAAUAAAGAGCUAAUACCAAAUAUCUCACUACCACCAUCAAUUAAAAUACUUAAUAUCGGCAAUCACUUCAACCAACCAUUAAAAAACAACGAUAUCCCAGAUUCAGUUCAUACUUUAAUACUAGGGAAUGGAUUUAAUCAACAAUUGAUACCAGAAUCGAAUUUAAUUCCUCCAUCAGUUACCAUACUCAGUUUUGGUUCAAGAUUUAAUCUAGAGAUAAAAGAAGGUGCAAUUCCAAUUUCAGUAACCCAUAUUGUAUUUGGUAAUAACUAUAAUAAACCUUUUAAAAACUCACUCCCCAACAAAUUAUUGAUUUUACAACUAUCAAACGAAUACAACUCUGCAUUUACCACAGAAUCUCUUCCAUGCUCCUUAAGAAAGCUAACCUUUCCAAAAUACUCGAAAUUUAACAAACCAAUACUACCAGGUCAUCUACCUCACUCUUUAACCGAACUUCAUCUCGGUGAGCGAUUCAAUCAUAAUUUAUCAGAAUACUGUCUUCCUGAUAACCUAACCAACCUAUCAUUAUCAAACCAUUUCAAUCUACCUCUAGAAUAUCAAACAUUCCCAAAAUCAUUAAAAUAUCUAUCUAUGGGUUUACUAUUCGACCAUCCUGUACAAUUAAAAAUCAGCUCUUUAAUAAAUCUAGUUGAAUUAAAAUUUGGUAAUCAAUACAAUCUACCAAUACAUAGUGAUCAACUACCCCCAAGUUUACGAAUUAUUCAAUUUGGUGAUAAUUUUAAUCAAACAGUAGACCACAAUUUAUUAUCAUCGAUACCUUUAAUUAGAUUAAUUAAAUUUGGAAAACAUUUUAAAAAGUCAAAUCUAAUUUUAAAUAAUAAUUGUGAUUUAACUAUAUUCCAUUUUUAUGAAAAUAUUUUAAAAAAAAAAGGGGGGGGGGGGGACCAAAAAAAGUGGAAAAACCUGCCUUUCUUUCUCUUUUCCUCUUUUUCUCUUAAUUAA